AUGGACGCCCACAGCUCCCCUCAGCUCCGCUCCCCCCAGUCUCUUGGGGCCGACGCCAACUCAAUGGGAAUCAUGUUCAAGGUGCGGCGCCUCCUCUCUGCGAAGGAGGUGUCCGAGAAGCAGGUGCUCUUCAUAGGCGGCAGCAUGCGUGUCGUGGGACUCUUUGCCCUCAGCGGCCCCCUGCUGGCGGCGGAGCGCGAGUUGGCGGCGCAGGGAAG